UUUUCUGAAAAUGUUAAAUAUUGAUGUAGUUUUCACAAUAUUUCUGAGAUUGAAUUGUCAUAAGUUUAAAUCAGUCUUCUAAAUAGUUGUGUGGAAUUCCAAAAUUUGUACAUGAUUCACACUUGCAGGUCAAAACUGACUGUGAUCUAUCUGUUACCAAAUGUGGGAUGAUUCAAUUAUUGUUGCACUCUUUUUUUAUUAUCAUUAUGAAGCUCCAUUUUAUAUAAUUGUUUAUAUCCUACCUUAAAAUUCCACAUAAUGUUCAGCUUUUACUGUUUUAAGGACUAUGAGGCAGAUCAUCAGGCCUUGUACUGUUGACAGAAGCUGAUUAUCCCCCAGAAUGCUGCAAAGAAAGUCAUUUGAGUUAAUCAGCCUUGGCUUAAGAACUUUGAGUCGUCCGUGAGCUUUUUCAUGGGCGAUGUGUUGUCUCAUCAUUUUGCUUUUAUAACCUAUAACCAGUUCUGUCUUUGAGAUAACAGUUGUCUUUGUCAGUGCAUAAGUUGUAGUUCUGACUUACAUGAACAGUUUACAGGGUUUUUCCCAGAAGCUUUAAGUAAACGUCCAUACUUUUUAUGAGAUAAAAUACAUCCUCCAAAGCACUUAUACAUACGUAUAUAUAAUUUACAGCAGCUUCAAUUUGUAUACAUCCUCCCUUAUGACACACUAAGCCCACGUAUGUUUGGCUUAGAAAAACACUUUGUCCUGGUAAUAUUAUUUCCUUCUGUGAAAGAGGACUUUGCUCUGCUGCUCUCUGUGUUUGCUCCUGUCUGUGGCGCAGAAUGUUUACCUUCCUGUGAUUAGGAAUUAUUAAGCUGAACUCUAAUGUGCCUGUUUUAUUCUGCCUCGGCCCCCCCAAAAAUGAUGUGAUAAACUAAUCUCAAAACUCAUUCACUGUGGCAGAGAAGAAGCUUAUUAUUGUUAGAUGAGACACUCAAUAUGCUUUUAAAAAUAAACAGCAGCCAGGAGUGAGGUGCUUACAGUAACGCUUCGUUUAGCUGAUUGUUUUUAAGAGUGUGGUUAAAAUAUGACGAAUAUGUGUGAAAACCUGAUCAGAUGAUUGUGCCUACCCUCUAGCUGAGCUGCAUAACAAAGGUUGUCACACAGGUUUUCCUUCACGCCCACAGAUGCAUGCUUGAAAUAAGCAGCAGGGCGUGGAAACUACCCUGCCUUUUUUUUAAAAUCAUACUUUACCCGGCUCCUUCACUCAGUCUGUUGGUCUGCUGUAGAAGUGUGUGUGUGUGUGUGUUUGCUGUCGCCUCACCGGCUUCAGCUGUGUGUACGCAUCAGUGAUCCAACGCACUAAGGAUGGCGGAGGAGUCUGUUCCAGAGGGUCGCAGCCUGAAGGAGUUGAGCGAGGAGGAACUUUGGGAGCUGAUCAAUGACAACCGUCACCGGAUCUCCCUCGGGGUUCGACCGUGCAUCUUGUUGCCCUAUCUGAGGCAGGUCAAGGUUCUCACAGAGGUGGAUGAAGACGAGAUCCUUUCUUGUCAUAAUCUGACUAAUCGCUGCAUGAGAACAAGCUACAUGUUGGAUCUGCUGAGGACCCAGGGAAGAAAUGGAGCUGUAGCUCUGUUAGAGGGGCUGAUGAUUCAUUAUCCAGUUCUCUACACACAUGUUACAGGACGUAAGCCCAGCACAGAGCCCUCCAGAUUCAGUGGUCUGAUUAAGUACUCAGAGCUGACCGAGUAUCUCAUCAGAGCGGUAACAGGGAUGCAGACGGAGUUGCAGGAGGCCCGCAACGAGGCUGGCAAGAUGAGCACCCGCUGCUCCUCCCUGGAGUCGGAGGUCAGCCAGCUGAUGGAGCAGGAAGAGAAGUGCAGCCACCUUCAGACUGAAAACGAACGCCUGCAGAGACACCUGAGUUCUCUGCAGCGGGAAGUCACCAAACUGAAGGACGAGAAGUGCGACUUGUACAUCCGCUACACUACAAGCAUUGAGGAGAAAUCGGCUAUAAACGGGCGGCUGCACGACCUGAACCUGCAGGUAUAUCAGCUGCAGAUGGACCUACAGAGCAUUCAGAUGGAAAAUGAGUUCCACAAACAGCGUUCCCUCCGAAGCGUUUCUUCUUCUCAGACCCCACAGCUGCAAGAGGAGGCUCAUAAGGACAUCCUGCAGCAGGACUUGGCAGAGGCAAUCGACAGUCAGGUGGAGCUGGCGGAGCACCUGAAAAGCUACAGAGAAGAGAAUGAAAAGCUGCUCAGAGACAAACAGGGGCUCUUGAAUCAGACAGAGGCUCUGAGCCUUCAGGUGCAGCAGCUUUCUCUGGAUUGUAAGAUGCAAGAGCAGAAGAGCACCGUGGUCCAGAGCCAGAUGAAGGAACUUCAGGUAGAGAGGGACCAGGCCUACCAGUCCAGAGACGAUGCCCAGGCCAUGAUCGCCCGCAUCCUGGCUGAGAAGGACACAUUGAGGAGUCAGCUGGUGGAGCUGCAGGAGGCCGUCUUCACACUUCAGGCAAAGCGCAACCCUAGACCCCGCCUGCGGAAAUCUGAUGUGAAGGAGAUCGGCUGGGAGAGUCCAACUUCCAGCUCUGAAGAAUGUCCUCUUCCAGUCCGACGGAGACUACGACGCAUGGACGCACUUAACCCCAUGUCCCUGAAUUCCUGCACCUCAGAGUCAGAAGAUGCUGUCCCCUCCAGCAUCCGGUCCAAAGGCGUCGAGCCACCCAGUCUGGAGUCUCUCCGUAGAAGACAAGAAGUUUUUUUUGAAGACAGCAGUUUGGAAACAGCAGAAACUGACUCUGUGCUGGACGACUUUGUGUUACUUUCUGAUGCAGGGAGUGAAGACGAGCAGAAACCCAGACCUUCCUCUUCUCAUGGCUCCAACUCUGUCUGCGUCUCAAAAUCUUCAGCCCCUCCCUUCCUGGUGCGUUCUCGUCCAAAAGCCAUCCGCGUUAACGGCCGUGUUCUUAGCCUCUCCCUCCAGUGUGAGGCACUGCUAAGCGAGCUCUCAAUCGUGGGAGGAAACAAGUCUGGCGUGUUUGUGCACCAGGUGACUGAGGGUGGCGCCGCCCAUGCUGCCGGCAUCAGCCCCGGGGCGCAGAUUGUGGAGGUCAGGUAUGAGCAGAACAGCAGGGCUCUGAGGAUGGUGUUAGAGGACUCCACUCUGGAAGAAGCUAUGUGGGCUCUGGGCCAGGUUACAGGCUUCUGUCAGCUUUCCCUCCGCCCCAGGCAAAACGACUACGAGGCGCUGCUGCAACAGCUGCAGAACAGCACGAUGUCGUCAGGAGACUCCUUUUACAUUCGGGUCAAUUUAUCCCUUCCUGCUGGUGCCAGCGGGACCUUGGCCGUGUCGUGCAACAAUAUCCUACAUGUAACAAACACGAGACCUGCCGGCACCGAGGAUCUGUGGCAAGCGAGCCAAGUUCACCCGUGCCAGCUGCUUGACCUGCAAAGUGGAACAGUACCCAAUUAUUACAGGGCCCAGAGAAUUUUGAUUCAAACAAUUGAAGAUAUGAGCUUUCAGACAAAGAAUUGCCAGAAGGCUGGACGAGAAAACACCCGGAGUGAACAAAAGGCAGUGAGGAUAGUGAGCACGGGGCGCCAAGGAAGGAACCCUCUGUGGGUCAGUGUGGAUGAAGAAAACACAAACGGCACCGAGUCAGGUUCUCCGUCGCCACCCAAAAGCUGUGUAACCCUCAUGCCCUACACCCUUGUUACUCCUCAUUUCCCACCAGUCUGCAGGCCUAUCCUGCUGCUGCCAACAAUACUGGGACGCAUGCUGGACAAGAAGCUGGCCAGCUGGCAGGGCUUUCAGCUCUGUGGGCCUGAGAUGUUGACCGCUAGUGAACAUGCUGCUCGGCUCCAGAGGUCUGAGAUUCUGGAGGAGGUGGAGCCUGGUGGAAACCGGUGCUACACUCUUCAAAGUGUUGAGAAAGUCAUGAAAAAGGGCCUUCACUGUGUGCUGCCAUUAGGCCUGGACUGUGUGCGUCGGCUGCACCGCUCCGAGAUCUUUCCAGUUAUCAUCUUUAUUGGCGUAUCUGCACGCAACGCACGUAAACUGAAGUCAAAGCUGCAGCGUAGCGGGCAGACGGAGGAACAGCUGCUUGCAUGUUCAAAGAGCGAGGAGCCGCUGUUGGACAAGCUGCCAUGCCUGUAUCACAGCAUGGCUCCAGACUCCUGGUGUGACCGGAACUCCCUGCUGACCAGCCUCCGCACCAUCAUCUGGGAGGAGCAGAGGAAGGUCGUCUGGGUGGAGCCGGACCUGUGGUGAAGAAAAGGGGAGUUUAAUGCGGAUAAAAUGAUAUACAUGUAUAUAAGAUGAAUAAGCUUUACAAGAGAUAUUUUUGUAAACUUCAGUAUGUAUCCGUGAUACAUGAGAGUGUAUAAAAUCCUGUAGGAAUGCCGUGUAUAAACUGUAUAUUAUCUUCCAUUUUAGGUAUUUGUUUAUAACAAGCAUUUGUAAAAACACAAUUGUAUCAACAAGAAAUUGUAUCUCCACAUUUGUUGUAGGUCAGUUCUUGUUAUGAGGGAUUGCAUCUGGUGCAGAUCUCUUUUAAACCACUACAUCUACCACCACUGUUUUUUAAACGUCGUCUCGAGGGCAUUUUAUCUCACUGUUUUUUUUUUUUAAUUCUCUUUUGUUAAAUAAAAGGUUAUUGUUACACAUUUAAUAAGUAUCACAGAUAUCUCUGGAAGUUUAGUUUCUGUAAGUCGUCCACAGGUUGCUACAUUGUCACCGACUCUGAAGUAAGCCUGGAAUUGGUCAUGUUGUUUGUGCCACUCAAAGCUAAACACUGAACUCAGAGAAUAUGUUGAACCCACUUCCUCAUAGCUUCUUUUCCCCCUUUCUCUUUCCUUUUUGCGUCAGGAAAUAUGAUACAGUGUUUUUCACUCAGUUUGACGCAAUCACUUUAAAAAAAAAUCAAACAACUACUUCCUUUGUUCUCUCAGAAACAAACUUGAGCAUGAUUUGUAUGUGUGCGCCCUUCUCCCUUCUCUCCAGCCAGCCUCUUUGACAAAAGAUUGUAUUCAUCUGUUUUUUUCUCCUUCUGUCUUAUCUUUGCCUGCCAGAGUUUCAUUCACAUUGAAAGUGUUCUUACAUUUCUGAUACAAAAAUGGUAUCACUCUAAAUUUCUCUGAAGUCUGAAAUGUAGGGAAAAUGCCUCAAAAUUUGCUGUAUAUGUUUUUUAAAUGUUGAUUGCCAGAUCUUUUUGUGAAGGAUUAAGUUUUUUACAGGUUUUUAUGCAUUUUCAUACUGAAUUCAGCCAUUUAGCUUUAGCAUAGAGUUUAGAUAUAAAUGAAAGCUUUUUAAGAGGCACAUCGACCUGCUAUAAUCCAAAUUUACAUCGCUAAGAGCAAUAAAUUAACAUCAAGAUUGUCUGUCUCUGUUACCAAAUUGUUUCUUUUUUUUAAUUAAAAUAAAUUAUCUUGGAACCAUUUCAUAACAUGGCAGCGUGAUAUGCUUGUAAACAAGUGAACUGCUCAUGAAAUGAACACAAUUCUACGAAAACAGAUGAGUACAUAUGUUGGUUAUUUCAAUUCUGUUGUAUCCAGUUCAGUUUAUUUGCACUGAUAUUAAUCACAACCAAAUGAUGUCUUUGACAUAAUAACAUUUAACAUAAUAAACAUGUCCAUGUCUAAUUAAAGGAUUAUAGUCACAACAA